AUGAAUUCCUUAGAUUCCUUAAAACAGAAAAUCGAAAUUCUAAACCAAUUUGAUGAUCACCAAAAGGAGGAAAAAGGUUCGAUCCUUAAGGAAAUUGAUGAAUUUCUUGGGACAAUUACGGUGCCUAUGGACAUAAGAGAAAAACGUUCCAAGGAUUUGCAACUUCCUUCUUCUGUAGAACGUUUGGAACCGAAAACUGAAGAAGAAAUUCAAAAUAUCAUACAAGAUGCAUACAAUGAUAAAGAGCCAACCAUCGUUCGAGUCAUUGGAGCUGCACAUUCUUUACCUUCGGCGAUUUUAACCGCAAAAGAUAUCCCAAAAAACACGAAAGUAAAAUUAAUCUCCCUAACCAAAUUCCGAGGUGUGGUAAUAAAUGAUGCAGAACAAAUCGCCAUUGCUUUAGCCGGUACUAAUCUUGGACAAGAUCCUGAAAAUGAAGACUCGACCAUCGAGAAUGGUUUACUUUACCAAUUAAAUCAGCGCGGUUAUUCGUUACCAAACACCGGUGGCGUUAUUCAUCAAACUGUCGGUGGUUUCCUUUCAACGGGUUCAUCAGGCGGUACAUUGAUUCAUAGCCUUUUCGAGGCUGUCAUUGGUAUACGAAUCAUUGACGGUACCGGUAAAAUUCACGACCUCAAAAUCUCGGAUACUGACAAUUCUAAGUUCUUGGCUGCCGGUGUUUCAAUGGGUCUCCUGGGAAUAAUUACAAAAGUUACCUUCAAGUUGGGUAAAAAAUUCUUCAUUACUGGUACUCAGACGAUAUCACCAAUCAAGCCUUUAUCGCGGGACAUUAAUGUCGGUUCUCCGAUUGAUAUCUUUGGGGAUGGUGAUAAAGAUCAAGAUAUUCCGAGCCUUUUUGAUUACUUGUCAAAUAGCAUGGAUUAUGAUGCCGAAUUCGGUCGAAUCCUCUGGUGGCCUCAGGAUGGUGUCGAUCGUUUAACUAUUUGGAAGGCGAAAAAGACUCAAAAGUUAGAUGGGACGGAUUUGCCGGUUAACCCUUACGAAUUAUUUCCAGAGGUAUUCAAUAGCCAGGUUCCGGCACAAUUGGCUGUCAGCCUGAUUCUUAAAUUAUUGAAUAUCGUCCGAUCUCCAAACAAGGUGUUUAAAAAGAUUGCAACAUUCCUGUAUGGUGCCUUUAACCCGAUCGGAAUCCAAAGUUUUCAGGAUUAUUGGUGGAGAGGUUUACCUAUGGAUGAUAAACUUGACAUUAAAAUUUUACCAGUCGCUUUUUCAGAGUUAUGGUUUCCGCUUGACAAAAUCAAGGUGAUCAUGAAUGAACUGCAACAACUUUUCAAGAAUAAUCCUGAAUCCAUUGGGAACUUGUUUGUAGAAAUUUAUACCGCAAAGAAAAGCUCAUUCUGGCUUAACCCAGGUUAUGAAACAAAUUCGGUACGCAUUGGACUUAAUUAUAAUCUUGGAGAUCCAUGCGGAACUCCAGAAGCGCAUUUUAAUCACUAUUGGAAAGCUCUGAAGCAUCACACUUUCCGAUUGGAUGGAUAUCAGAGAAGAGUUUGA